UCUUCAUCAUAGCUUCCAUGACGCUCAAAGUCCACAUGCAGGUUCAUAUUGAGAUCCAUUGAAGUCCUUCCUUGGACUGACAGACAUGUCCUUAAGGCUCAGGGCAUCAGAAAACACCUAGCAUGAGGGACUCUCAGCAUCCGCCUCACAGAAGAGAAGGGAGCAGGUGAUGACUCAGACAAAAUACUGUAUAGACUUAACAGAACGCAGAAGGAGAGCCCUUGCCCGUCAGAUAUAACUUCCAGGACGAAUAAGCUUGCAGUUGAUGUAAAUGGUAAUUCACAAAAUGAGGAGUUAACAUUGGAAAUGAAAAUGAUCUGAGUGAGGUCAGCUUCUUGCUUCAUGAUGGCAACAAAGCACUUCCAUGUUUGCAAGAAUCAAUAAGAAGAAAUUCAGCUUCAGCAGCUGCUCAGAGGAAGACUGGAUCUGUUCUUUGCUCCUGCAAAAGACUGUUUUGCUGGGCUGUCCUGUGGCACUGGUGAGGCACUGGCUGGGAGGAGGGACCACAGCCACUGAGAGCCACAGAGGACAGAGCCACAAAGGAGAGCCUGGGGAGUCAGGACUACCAUCCUCUCAAAAAUGGUCAGAAAUGGGGAUUUGUGAGGAUGAACCACCAAGUGCUUUUCUGGAGAGGCUAGACUCUGAGUUGGAACUGUCUUGCCUGCAUUCCAUCCUGUCUACACUGCCAGCACAUCCCCAAAUAUUCUUGAAUGAUGAGACAAAAUGUGUUUUCCCUGGCCAUUCAAAGCUCAUCUUUUCAGAGCAAACAGUAGAAUACAAGAAAAUGCUUUCAUGUGAAAAAAGUACCUCAAAUGAUCUGCAGAUAACACUGGCAUUACAGGCUCUACAAGCUUUUGAAUUAGCAAAUCUGUUAUGUCAUAAUUAAGGUACAAGCAGAGCAAUAAAAAUAGUGAGAUUAAUUUUAAAAGUUGUCCUAAAUGAUUUCUUUUGCAUUAAGUCUGGAUGCAAACCAUGCAGCCAUGAAGCUCCUGCUUUGGUUUGUAUGACCAGAUAGACUUAAAGUAAGUGGAAUUCAAAUUCAUGGAAAGUUGGUUGAUAUGGAAGGAAAUUUUUGACUUUUAAAUUGUGCUUGAAAGACAUUCAGGAUUGGGAAACCAUUUCAAGGAGAAUAUUGAUAUAUCCUACAUAAAUAUCAGAUUAGACCCUAAAGAUUUAACACGAAGCCUUUAAUAUUCCUUCAACACCCAUUCUGAAGGGCUACGGUCCCAGAUACUGUCUCUCCAGACUGUCUCUGACCAUCUAAUGGAAGUAGAUAUUUGUAAAAUCAACCCCUCUGUACUUGCUCUGAGCCAGGCUGAGUUGAUGGUAAGCUGUUACCAUUUCUGCAUUUUGUAGAAUAAUUUUGGUCAACAAAAUUUGAUUUCUCUUCUCACAUGCCUUCCUUCCACUUCAAAUGCAAUAAAUGGAGGCCCUACAGUGAAAGCUGCAACAUUAACCUUACCUUUAGAUAAACCUUUCUCUAAUUAGGAACCCUAGCAGUGUUAUUUGAAAUAAAAAUGAGCUUGAGGCUAUCUGUCGUUGCUCAG